UAAUUCUCGUCCGCCACCACGGUGCCUCCUCCUCCCACUUCCGAGUUCAGACCUCGGAUCGAACCCCUGCUCCCCUCGUUUGCUCAAUAAUCCCCAGCAGCCGCCAGCCGCCUCGUCGGCAGCGUACGGCCCGCCUCUCGUCGGCGCAACACCUCCACUGGAACCACCCCUAGCUUAUUCAUUCGGCGCCGCCGCUUCCUCCGCUGCAAGCAUCCCGAGCCUCAGUCCGCCACCGCCUCUGCAGCUAACCACCCCGCGCCUCCCGUCUCCGGCCGCCCCCCCCUCGCCGGCGAUGGCCGCGCCUCCGGAGGCGACGGAGGCGCCGCCCCCGCCGGAAGAUAGAGAGGGGACCGCUAAGGAUGGCGUUGAGGUGUGCCUUUUCGACGAGUCAGCAGAUGGGUUCUCCAGAACGGUGCGUGCCAUCUCGGAGCUCGCCGACUUAGAGCCCGAACCAGACUUCCCUGACGCGGAAGUCGAGCGGUUUGCCUCGUCAAUAACGUUCCUCAGAGAAUGGAGGCACUUCUCUUAUGAGCCAAAAGAUAUAAGUUUCAAUACUGGCAUUGAGUCAGCUCCGUCAAGAGAUGGCAUGCACAGUAUAAUCUUACCACAGUUUUCAGCUGCAACUGUUCCCCAGGUCACACAGCAGGAAGAUCGGAGGGAUAAUACUGUCAGCUUUGAUUCUAUUUUGUUUGCUGGGGGAAAUGUCUGGGCCUUGGACUGGUGCCCAAGGUUGUGCGACAAGCCUGGCUCUUCUAUAAACUGUGAGUAUCUUGCUGUUUCUGCUCACCCUCCUGGUUCUUCUUACCAUAAAAUUGGUAUGCCCUUAACGGGGAGAGGUAUCAUUCAAAUUUGGUGUCUUUUAGCACCAUUUGAAGACGCACAUUCUCGUCGGCCACUGGAUGCAUGCAAUAGUAUUAGUCGAAGAGGAAGGCCUAGAAAAAUACCAGAUGGGACUAAUUCUGUUGGUUGUUCAUCCAACCCACCAAAGCCAAGGGGGAGGCCAAGAAAGAGACCUUAUAAUGAUCAGCUGGAACCUGUUCCAAAAAGACCAAGGGGCAGACCGAGAAAAUAUCCGCUGCCAGUUGCUAAAUUGGAAGAUUCAUCCCAAAAUAGUGGAUGUCAGGCUAUCGUUCUUUUUGACCCUCUUGCCACUUCAACAGGUAUUCCAGAUGACCUUCCAUUGGCUUAUGUCAUGCCAACCACGAAGUCAGAGAAAUCAACUCCAAAAAUAGGUAGAGGGCGACCUAGGAAAAAUCCAAGUGACAAAUUGGCAGAUUCAUCGGCCGCUGUAUCAAAAGAAGAUGUGCGUACAGAACCAUCUCCAACCUCUGCAAUCUGUGCAAAACCAAAGAGACCACGCGGGAGGCCCCGAAAGUAUCCGGUUCCAAUCAACGAUAAAUCUGUUUCAGGUGCUGAUUUUGAUUUAGGACAAGAGACAACUUUUCAGCCUGUUUCAUUUAGCGGCAGCUUGGACCACACUGUUUGCAAAGAGUUUAAUGCCAUACCUAGGAAAAAACCUAGUGACAAACUGAUAGGUUCAUCUGGCGCUGUAUCAAAAGAAGAUGCGUGUAUAGAGCCAUCUCCAACAACUUCAAUCUGUGCAAAACCAAAGAGACCACGCGGGAGGCCACGAAAGCAUCCGGUUCCAAUCAACAAUACAUCUGUUUCGGGCGCUGUUGUUGAUUUAGGGCAAGAGGCAACUUGUCAGCCUGUUUCAUUUAGCUGCAGUUUGGACCACACUGUUUGCACAGAGUUCAAUGCUAAUUUAAGUAUCGUUGCAGUUGAUGCAGCAUUGCCAGUUGUUCACAAACUGACCAGUUCGGCAGACACUAUAGUAAAAGAAAAUGCAUGCAUAGAAUCUCCAACAACUUCAACCCGUAAGCAACCAAAGAGGACACGGGUGAGGCCUCGAAAAUAUUCAGACACUGAUAUUGAAUUAGGGAAGGAUACGAUUGGUUGGUCUGUUUCAUCUGCAUGCAGUUUGGACCACACAGCUUGCACAGAGUCCAACUCUAAUUUAAGUAUUGUUGCGGUUGAUGCAGCAUCACUAUUUACAUCCUCAUCUACUGCAAUUUCUGAGAAGUCAAAAGGUCAGAGGAGUAGAGCACAAAAUAAGAAGAAAACAAUUUCUUAUGAACUAUGUUCCCCAGUGGUUUCUGGUGUUGAACCAUGGAGCAUGGGUUCCAUAGAAACUGUUCCGAAUGGUCCAAUGGCCUCUGUUGAAAAUACUUUGAUAUCUGCACAGAACAUGGUAUCAGUGACAAGUGACCUUUGUUCUGCUAACAUGUUAAACUCUGAUGACAAUGUACACAAAGGUGCUCUUUCAGGUGAUUUGGUACAGCCCAUCCACAUUUCACCUAAAUCAAGACAGUCAAGUGGUAGGAGGGGAAGAGGAAGGCCUAAAAGGAAUCCGCUUUCUGUUGGAACUAGUUCUUUAGUGGCUUCUGGUGCCAGCUCCACAAAGACGACUUCUGUACUGACUAGUUCAGACAAUCUCACAUCUUUGGAUAAGAGUGAUGGCGAAUUUAUAGCAAGUAAUCUUGGUUCAAUUGGUUCAAGUGGGUGUAGUAUUGAGAAAUCCAGUGUUCGCUUGGGUGUUGUAUCGUCUGAUGCUGCAUCACCAAGACAUGGCUUAUGCAAUGCAAAUUGUAAGGAAGAAUCAAGUACCAAAAGAGGAAGUGGAUCCAGAAAGAAACCUGUUUCAACUGAGCACAGUCAUUUUACAGAUUUUAAUGGCAAAGAGCAAAAAAUGCAGACAAAUCUAAAGUCAAGUGAUCCUGUGGUCUUGGUUGAAAAUUGUAUGAAAGGACCGUGCCCUAGGAAAGGUGGGGGCCAACCUCAAAGGAUACCUGCUUCAAAUGAGAGUAAUGGCACAUCUGUUCGUGGUGAAACACACACAAUGGAGAGAUUUUCCACAUCUGUGACUACUGCAUCACCUAGAAAUGACGACAUGGCUGAUGAGGCUGGUUUGAUCCAGUCUAACAAUGGAAUUGUUGGUUGUGAAGGCAUGAAAGUAAAUGCAAGCAGUACCUCCAAUGUUACUUCUCAUUGUAAUGGAAAUGCACAAGCAAAUCAAGCUGCACCCAGUUUCAAGAACAGUGAUAGGGUUAUUGAUGAAGUGGAAGCCACAGAACUCAUACCACUCAAAGAACCAAGGGAAGAUGACAAUAUGUUUAGUUGUGCAGAAAACUCAAACUCUUCUCCAGUCCCAAAAGACAUUGCUCUACCAAGGGUUGUCUUGUGUUUAGCUCACAACGGCAAAGUUGCUUGGGAUAUCAAAUGGAAGCCUCCUUUACUAAGUCAGCCUGAACAAAAAUCACGCCUGGGUUUCCUUGCGGUAUUGUUGGGGAAUGGCUCCCUUGAAGUGUGGGAAGUUCCAUCACCAUGCAUGAUCCAGAAAUUAUAUUCCCCCUCUAAGGUGGAGGGUUCUGACCCUCGUUUUCUAAAGCUUCAACCUGUAUUUAGGUCUGUCAAAGUGAAGUGUGGGAACAGACAAAGCAUUCCCUUGACAGUUGAUUGGUCGCCUUCUCCACCGCAUGAUAUGAUAUUGGCGGGUUGUCAUGAUGGAACGGUUGCUUUAUGGAACUUCUCAACAAACCUGUCAUCACAAGAUUCAAAACCUUUUAUGUGUAUCACUGCUGAAUCUGUUCCCAUUAGAGCUCUUUCUUGGGCACCUUAUAUAAGUGAGGAGAACAUAAAUACCUUUGUUACUGCUGGAGCUGAUGGUCUAAAGUUCUGGGAUUUAAGAGAUCCGUACCGUCCUCUUUGGGAGCUAACUACUGCUCCAAGGGCUGUAUUAAGUGUUCAGUGGUUAAAGGAUGGAAGGGGGAUUGUCAUCUCAAUGGAAGAUGGUACAUUGAAAUUUCUGAGCUUGCCCCGGAUUGCAAAUGAUGUUCCAGCCACUGGAAGGCCGUUUGUCGGAACAAAAACUCAGGGUGUUGCAACUUAUCAGUUGUCAGAAUAUUUGAUUUGGAGUGUCCAUGCCUCAGACACUACAGGUUGUGCUGCUUACUGUGGGGCAGAUGGUACUGCAGUGUGCUUCCAGCUUACUCCAAGGUUCUGGGAGAAGGAACCUGGGCGGAACCGUGUUCCUUAUUUCCUUUGUGGAUCAUUAUCAGAGGAGGGAGAAAAUAUUAAGAUUGGCAGCGGGCUGCAAAUGUCUCCAUUACCAAAUGUUCCCGUGGUGAACAAAAAGGGUACAAAACCGUGCCAAAAUAUAGUUCAGGGCCUCCCUGCAAGCGAUGUCACUGGCCCGCCAGCAUGCCAGCUUAACACCCCGACAGGAAACAGGGACAUUGUAAAUCCAGAACUUGGCUAUGAUCAAGAUGGUGGACAUUGCGAAGAACAAGGAACAGGUGCUGUAGAUACAGAACUUGCUGAUGAUCAAGAUGAUGGACACGGUGAAGAACAAGGAGCAGGUGCUGUAAAUCCAGAACUUGGUGAUGAUCAAGAUAAUGGACACAGAAAAGGACAAGGAGCAGGUGCUGUAAAUCCAGAACUUGGCGAUGAUCAAGAUGGACACAGCGAAGAACCAGGAGCAGGUGCAAUAGUUUUGGCUGGUCCUACAGAGCAAGAGGAUGCUGGCACGUUGAACAGCAAGGGUGGUGAAUCCCCUAAAGACUUUGAGGUCUUGCCUCCCAAAUCUGUCGCAUUGCAUCGAGUGCGAUGGAACAUGAACAAAGGUAGCGAAAGAUGGCUGUGCUACGGAGGUGCUGCAGGCAUCAUUCGGUGUCAGAGGAUCUAAAGACAAGGGCACAUUUUGGCAUGCUCCCCGUGAAACAGGAUUAUAUGCUCACAUCCUUAGUAACGGAGGGUAGGUUCUGUUGUAUUCUUUCUGCUACUUUUAACCUGGUCACAUAGGUUGGUUUUCUUGGUUGUGUCAAACUGUUCAAUGUAAUCAUGCAACUAUGCAAGAGAACCAACACAACAGAUUUUCCUAUCUUAGCUCGCGGGGGAGCUAUAUAGCUUAGAGUAGAAGCCACCGGUUCUGACUUCUGAAUACAUUGGGCCUGGUUUGAAAUCCCGGUUCUGACACUAAUACUAGUGCAUGUGAACCAUCUUUGAAAUAAGCGAGUCUGACGCAUUUCGGGAGGAAAAGAACA